AUGGCUUCAGUUCCGCAAGUUCUACCGACUACCCCGGAGGAGGUUGAGGUGUGGCUGCUUAAUAAUUUCACCACCUUCGAUGCUCUCGAAGUUGCAUUAUUAGGUAACAUAUUCGCCAAUGACGGCGAACUACAAUUCGCAAACAACCCAGUUAUCAGAGGCCUCGAUACAAUCAAGGAGAACUUCGUCCACAGUUAUGCCGCGCUUGCCUACAUGAAGCAUGUCCCUCGCAGUUUUGACAAGGUGGAAAACAGGAUCUGGCUUACGACGCAAAUCUCAUAUCGCAUAAAGGGAGACCCUCAAAACGUAGAGAUCACCAUUCCCGCAUCUGCACUCGCUACUCUUGUUACGGAAGGUGACGAGGCGGGCAAGAUGGCCAAGUUUCAGGUCUUUUUAGACAACAAACCUAUUCUAGAUAGGAUAGAGGCUGUAGCAGCCCUUCAAGCUGAGAGCCAAUCACUUCCGAGAGCAUAA